UUUUUUUUUUUUCUCACACAACGUGGAAACCCACCCCCACUCCCACCAAGAACAGUUUCGGCUGGGCAUACAAAAGUAGUGGAAUUGUUAUUGGAAAAAGGCGCAGAUACGACGCUGGAAAAUGAAACGAAGCAAUCCGCCUUACAUUACGCAGCUUCUAAAAAUAGGCUAGAGAUUGGCCGCUUAUUAUUAAAGAACAAUGCCCCUGUCAACCAAGUCAAUAAAUACAAACAAACACCAUUACAUAGAGCAGCGGCGGGUGGCUAUAUCAAGAUGAUGGCAUUACUUAUCGAGGCCAAAGCAAGAGUCAAUGCAAAAGACUCGGAGGGCAACACUCCUCUCCAUUAUGCUUGCGAAGAGGGUCAUGGUGAUUGUGCCGUGUAUUUAAUCCAACAUCGUGGUAACUUGGAUCAGCUCAAUUCACAAGGAAAGUCUCCUUUGGACUUGUGUACCAACCACCAAGUGCGCUCCUUUAUACAAUCUCAAAUUCAAGAGGAAGAUCUCUCAUCAUGAUCUCUCUUUAUCAUCUAUCCCCCCCAAGCCCAUUGUAUAACACACAUUCCAUGGAUAAUAAAAAAGAAACCACAAAAGGACAAUAGACAAAGCCCAUCUUUUUUUUCAUUUGCAUCCUACCCUCUAUUAUUUUUCUUUUACUUGUCCAUUUUCGGAUCUGUGCAACGCAAUCUAAUAGGUAAUAAACGAAC